UAUUGAAAACAAUAUACAAACGAGUGACACAAACUCAAACCAAACAAAAGAAUUUGUAGCAAGAAAAAGAAAAGAAAAAAAAGCAAACCAAAUGGGGAUCAUUGUUCCAAUUCUCACCCUUGUUUUCCUCUUGUUUGCUAAAGUGAGCCAUGGUGCCUCCACCCCUAGGGUGAUUCUGGUCGGCGGAUCUGUGGGAGCUUGGAAGGUCCCUGAUUCUCCCAACAACACUCUCAAUCACUGGGCCGAGAACACCCGUUUCAAAGUCGGCGACUUCCUUGUGUGGAAGUACGACAUGAAAGUAGAUUCAGUACUAGAAGUGACAAAAGAAGAUUACGAUAGCUGUAACACAGCAAAGCCCUUGAAGCAAUACAAGGAUGGACACACUGAGGUUCAUCUUGACAAAUCUGGCCCUUACUUCUUCAUUAGUGGUGCUCCUGGAAACUGCGCUAAAGGUGAAAAGAUUACUCUUGUUGUUUUGUCUGAACGACCAUCCGGUGAUGGCAGUGUCGCUCCUAAGGCUUCUCCUGUUAGCCCUACAGCUCCGGCUCCAGCUCCCCAUAACGCUGCUGGUGGAAUGAAGGUUGCAAGCGGUUGGUUCUUGACCACAGUUGUGAUUGGUUUGGCUAUGGCUUAAUUAGAAAAGUCAAUCGAGAGAUUGUAGUUUUUUUUUACUAAGUUCAAUCUUUUAGCUAAAUUUAGUUUUUGUUUUUCCAGAUUGUUGAAGUUUCUUUUGUUCCUUUAGUUUUCAUCAUCAUAAGAUAUCUAUCUUUCUGUUUUAUGUUAAGUGUUUGGGAUAUUUUCACUCUCAAAGCUUUUAAUUUAUA